AUAAUAUAGAAAUUAAGAGCAUGGAUUCCAGAGUCAGAUUUUUCUCUUUUAUUGUGGUAAAAGUCACAUAAUUUAAAACAUACUAUCUUAACCAUAUUUAACCAUACAGUUCAAUGGCACUAAGUGCAUUGAUAUUAUUGUGAAAAUCUCACCGUCUUCCAUGUCCCGAAUUUUUCACCUUCCUAAACUGAAACUGUCCCUCCCCAUCCCAUGUUUCUACCAAUGUACUUUGCAGAGUCAGACUUCUUGAACUCUAAUACUAAUUCUGCCCUUACAAUACAAUCUGUUAAUAUUACUGGGCUUCAGUUUCAUUUUCUGUAAAAGGGAGUAUCUGGUUUAAAAUACCGGUAAGGAAGAGAUGAAAUUACUAUCUGUAGAUGACUGGCUCACUAGAGAAGCCAGGAAAAUCAAAUGGAAUACUAUAAGAAUUCAGAACAUUUCAGUAGGUUAACGAGAUACAAAAUAAAUACUUAAAAAAAUCAACCACAAUAACCAGCUAUAAGAAACUUUGGGGGUAGAGAUUACAUUUCAAACAGCAGUAAUUUUUUGUUGUUAAAGUCAGAUUCACGUGAGGAAAACUACAGUUUCUUGAUAGUAUUAAAGGAGAAAGCUUAAAAAUAAAGCUGUAUGAAAAUACAUUUCCAACCGCAUCCCGUUUUCACUGUCACUCCUGAACGUCAGGCCGAGCCUAGGGCCGGCCUUUCCCAAGACAACCACUUCCCAUGCAUCGGUUUUUUGACCUGCAUUUCCGAUCUGGCUCCUAGUCUCAACGCCGCGCAAAAACUCGGACCCGCACACUCGCACCCCUCAGCCGCUAAUUCAAUUUUCACUCCUGGUUCUUGUGUGGCCGGCCACCUCCAGAGUCCACCCCGGGUAUGAAGCUGGAACCGCCCCCAAAUCACCGCCCGCAUCGCCGAGGCUUCUGGGAAUUGUAGUUCCGGCUCGCAGAGUCCAAACGCACUUCCGUGUUCGGCCAGAAGUGCAGCCAUUGUCCCGCUCGCGGACGCUUGCAAUCUCCGUGCACCUCGGCCCUUUGGCGGUUAAGCUGAGCGGCCUUGUGGAUGCCGACUAAGGGAGGGGAUAGAACUAGCUUAAGGCUAGUCUGUCGUGUGCAGAGUCGUGGCAGAGAAUUGCCUAACCGGGCUCGUCUUGCCGCAGAGCAGUGGUGGGCACCGAAGCUGUAACAGGGCCUGCCUGGCCCUCGAGCUGGUGGACGCUCAGCUCAGGAUCUCAGGCCCCUGCCUGUGCCUGGAGGAGAGCAUGGAAGAGCAGGAUGAAAAGCCCCAAGGGUCCCUGAAGGCCUGCAUGCAGGAAUCUCUCCUUCCUCAGGAGAUUAUCAUCAAGGUUGAGGGAGAAGAUGCCCUGUCCCUGGCCGUCCCAUCCCAGGAGGGAGUGAACUUCAAAAUAGUGACUGUGGACUUCACUCAGGAAGAAGGCGGCACUUUGAGCUCUGCUCAGAGGACCCUGGACAGAGAUGUGAUCCUGGAAAACCACAGGGACUCUUGGGACUCGGCAACUGCACUUGGAAGAAGAGGAUCGAGAUUGAAGCAGAGCAUUUUUGAUGACAAACUAUCCCAUAGCGUGAAGAUAGAAAAAUUGACAAGAGAUGAUCCUUGGUUAUCUUCAUGUGAAGAAUUUCAGGAUUGUAAGGAGCUGUUGGAGAAGCAACAGGAAAAACAAGAGAGACUUUUGAAGGAAGUGACAUUUACUCACAGGAACGCCAUUACUCAUGAGAGAGACUGCAAAAAUGAUAGCCCUGAGGAGAAGGCUGGUCUGAAUUCCAAUCUUCUUUCAUCACAGUUGAUACCUAUAAGAAACCGUUUUCAUAAACAUGCUUCACAUGUUAAAAAAUUACAUUAUAAUUCUAUGGUAAACACUCAUCAGAUGAUUGCUGAUACUGAGAAACUCUGUGAAAAUAAUGAAUUUGGAAACCUCCCCCAGAGUAUUCAUUUUAUUCAGUUUACAAGAACUCAAACAGAAGAUAAAUCCUAUGGAUUUAGUGACAGUAUUCAACCUUUUAACCAUGGUGCACCCUUAAACAUACAUGAGAAAAUACAUGCACAAGGAAGAUCCUUUGAUUUUAAGGAAUGUGGGCAAAUUUUGAACCACAGCAUAUCCCAUAAUGAACAACAGAGAAACUCCAUUGGAGAGAGUCAGUAUAAAUGUCGUAAGACUUCUGAGAGUUCAUCCCUCGCUCAAAACAUGAGAAAUCAUUCUGAAGAGAAGCCGUUUGAAUGUAAUCAGUGUGGGAAAUCCUUCAGUUGGAGCUCUCAUCUUGUUGCACACCAGAGAACUCAUACAGGGGAGAAACCUUAUGAAUGUAACGAAUGUGGGAAAUCAUUCAGCCGCAGCUCUCACCUUGUUUCCCAUCAAAGAACUCAUACUGGAGAGAAACCUUAUAGAUGUAAUCAGUGUGGGAAAUCCUUUAGCCAGAGCUAUGUCCUUGUUGUGCAUCAGAGAACUCAUACUGGAGAGAAGCCUUAUGAGUGCAAUCAGUGUGGAAAGUCAUUCAGACAGAGCUACAAACUUAUCGCACAUCAAAGAACUCAUACUGGAGAGAAGCCCUAUGAAUGUAAUCAAUGUGGGAAAUCAUUUAUCCAGAGCUAUAAACUUAUUGCCCAUCAAAGAAUUCAUACUGGAGAAAAGCCCUAUGAAUGCAAUCAAUGUGGAAAGUCUUUUAGUCAAAGUUACAAACUUGUUGCCCACCAGAGAACUCACACAGGAGAAAAACCCUUUGAAUGUAAUCAGUGUGGAAAAUCCUUCAGCUGGAGCUCUCAACUUGUUGCACACCAAAGAACUCACACUGGAGAGAAACCCUACGAAUGUAAUGAGUGUGGGAAAUCUUUCAACCGCAGUUCUCACCUUGUUAUGCAUCAGAGAACUCAUACUGGAGAAAAACCCUAUGAAUGUAAUCAGUGUGGGAAGUCCUUCAGCCAGAGUUAUGUCCUUGUUGUGCAUCAGAGAACUCACACUGGCGAAAAGCCCUAUGAGUGCAGUCAGUGUGGAAAAUCCUUCAGGCAGAGUUCAUGCCUUACUCAACAUCAGAGAACUCAUACUGGAGAGAAACCCUAUGAAUGUAAUCAGUGUGGAAAAACAUUCAGCUUAAGUGCUCGACUUAUUGUACAUCAAAGAACUCAUACUGGAGAGAAACCCUUUACGUGUAAUCAGUGUGGGAAAGCUUUCAUUAAUAGUUCUAAACUUAUUAGACAUCAGGCAACUCAUACAGAAGAGAAACCCUAUGGAUGUAACUAGCCUGGAAAUCUUUCAGCAGAGUAUAUCCCUUCCUCCUUGCCUCCUUUUCUCCCUCACUCUUUCCCUUUCUCCCUUCAGCCCCUCAUUCCCUUGUUCCCUCCUUCCAUUCCUCCAGGAUUACAUGUAUUGGAAAGAACAAGCAUGAAAAUAGUGUGUGUGGAAAAAAAGCUCUCCGUUAGCUCUCUCGAACUGUGUAUCUGAAAACUUUCUGGGGAAGAAAGAAAAAGUAUGAAUCAUGUAUUUUACUUAGCAAUUCCAUGUUUAAAAAAAAUCAAACUUGACCCUUGUUAAACAUUCCCAUGAGAGUGAUAACUCUUGGCACUUUUCCUUGCAGAAAGCACUUCGACCUGAAUUUGAGAGAAUUAUCAUUAAAUGGGCAAUAUGGUGUGGAGUGAUUGCCAGUGAGGUAGACCUCUUUUCCAAUAAAGAAUAAAUGAGAGGGGACAUAUAUACACCUAUGACUGAUUCGUGUUGAUAUAUGGCAGAAACUAACACAAUAUUGUAAAACAAUUAUUCUGCAAUUAAAAAAAAAAAGAUAGUAGAUCUAAAGAGAAAGCUGUGGCACCUAAAAGAAAGAAGGAAUUAAAGAAUGCUAAUACUGGUUGGCUUGUUGAAAACGUUGGGAAAUUGCUGUAGUUCUUGCCUGGAGAGUUCCAUGGACAGAGGAGCCUGGUGGACUAUAGUCCAUGGGGUUGCAAAAGAGUCGGACAUGACUGAGGUGACUUAGCACACAGCACAUUAGAACUUAGACUGGAAAACAGAAUUUCAGUGUAUCAUUUUCCAACAUGAUUUCUCCAGCACUACUUGGUAAUUUGUUUCAUAAGCACUUUCUCUUAUCUAUAAAGAUUUUGUAAAAAAAAAAAAAAAAAAGGGAAAUGGCUAUGAUGUGAACUGAAAAUUGCAGGGCAAGAGUAUAGAAUAUUUAUUUCUAGAAUCAUGAAAAGAUAUAUUUGUGCUUGGAUCAGAAUCUAAAGGGAU